CGACCCUCAGCUUCAUCAUCUUUCUUUCUCUGAUCUCUCAAUCUCCUGAUCAAGCUUAAAAAUCACGUAAAGAUUUUGCCCUAAAGUUGUCCGAAAUCAGUAAAACUCUGCGAAAAAAUGGUGUCCAAGGUUGAAGAAGCCAUGAAGAAGAGACAACAGCAACAAGAUCAGCAGCAGCAGCAAUAUCAUCAGCAGAAGCAAAUCAUGCAUUGCAACAAAGGGAACGUCGUCAAGUUCAAGAGAAGCAGCUCGAAUCUCGAGGAGGACGGCGUGUCGUCGGCGAUUCUCUUGCUCGCUUGCAUCGCUUGCACUCCUUCAUAUCCUUAGAAACCAACAUUAUAGAGUUCUUGCUUGUGCGUAGCUAGCUAUAUAUAUAGUAUUUGUUGUUUUCCUCUCUCCCCUUCUUAGCUAUGUAGUUCUUAUAAUAGUAUGACUUCAUUCCUACCAUCACCAUAUUUUCUUCUUCUUCUUCUUGUAUGACAGUGUGAGUUUUUAUUAAUAUAAUGUAU